ACCCAUCACCUGCAGCCCAACGUGAGACCCCACCCAUCGCCCACUUCGCCUGGAUAAAAGGGAUAAAAAUGUACAUAUGCGUGGCCACGACCAUCUGGAAUAAAGAUAGAAUGGAUAUAUGUGGUGGAAGGUGGUAGUUUUCUCAAGAGUGUGUGGUGGGAGGGAGGACCAAUCGGCGCGGGCGCACGGAGGUCAAGCUCAGGCAGCGCCAUCUUGAGCCUGAUGUGUGUCUCCCUGCACUCUCCGCUCUCCCUUCAUUUACCGCAAGACAAUACACUCCUUUCCCCAAAGCAUGACGUGGGAGUGAAGAGCAAAGCCGUAUAGUCCCAUAGAGUCCCACGUAUCAAGCUGGGAGUGGCGUGAAAAGGAGUUUUGUGUGAAUAUUUACUCCCAGGUGUGUGUGUCCCCCAUGAGAAGACCGAGAUAGGCGUGGAUAUUCCGUGUGUUCUACCAGGAUUCCUGCUCCAAGGACCCACUCCAAGGACCUCAGGCCAUCUCAUUAUGGAUGGUGCUUUAUAUGGUGUAUGAGCUGAUGCCAUCACUGUUGGUGCCCUCUAGUGACAUGGCCCCUGGAUGGUAGCCCAAGCUGCCAAACCCCCACACUUCCUCAGCCGCUGACCGUGCUGACCCGCCAAAAACUAGUGCCAUCCACAGCACACACCAAAAUUAAGCAAUGUCUGCCAGUGUACGCACCACCCUUCAAACGGUGCCUGAGGCAUUGCCAGCUGAUCAUGUCACCAAGUCGAAGGUAAGGGCAACAAGUGUCGCUGGCGGAUCAACCAGGGUGAGUGAGAGCAAGACAAGCAGCAAGGCGGCCGAGAAGGGACACCGGCCAAGGGGCGAGGAUGGCGUGGGCGGAAUGUCGAGCUCCGGGGGCGGCGGGGGCAGCGGGUCGUCCUCGUCAUCAGUGCGGGGCUCCUCCUCCCGAUCACGGACGGAGGAGAUCGGCAAGUACCGUCUCCUCAAGACCAUCGGCAAGGGGAACUUCGCCAAGGUCAAGCUGGCGAAGCACGUUCCUACGGGCAAAGAGGUGGCCAUCAAAAUUAUAGACAAAACACAACUAAAUCCUGGGUCAUUACAAAAACUUUUCCGAGAGGUGCGAAUCAUGAAAAUCCUUGACCAUCCAAACAUCGUCAAACUCUUCCAAGUAAUAGAAACAGAAAAGACAUUGUACCUGGUAAUGGAGUAUGCUAGUGGAGGGGAGGUUUUUGACUAUUUGGUCUUCCAUGGUAGAAUGAAGGAGAAGGAGGCCAGGGCAAAGUUCAGACAGAUUGUCUCUGCUGUACAGUACUGUCAUCAAAAGAAGAUUAUUCACAGAGAUUUAAAAGCAGAAAAUUUACUCUUAGAUUCUGAAAUGGUCAUCAAAAUAGCAGAUUUUGGUUUUAGUAACGAGUUUACACCUGGGAACAAAUUGGACACAUUCUGUGGUAGCCCCCCUUAUGCAGCACCUGAGCUAUUUCAAGGCAAGAAGUAUGAUGGCCCAGAGGUAGAUGUGUGGUCAUUGGGUGUGAUACUCUACACACUUGUGUCUGGCUCACUACCCUUCGAUGGGUCUAACUUAAAAGAAUUAAGAGAACGGGUACUAAGAGGGAAGUAUCGUAUACCUUUCUACAUGUCAACUGACUGUGAAAACCUGCUCAAGAAGUUCCUGGUGCUCAACCCAGCACGGCGGGCAUCACUAGAGACAAUAAUGAAAGACAGAUGGAUGAACAUUGGUUACGAGGAUGAUGAACUAAAGCCGUAUGUGGAACCUGUUAUGGACUAUGAUGAUGUAAAAAGAAUUGAAAUCCUGAGUGAAAUGGGUUACCUAAGGACAGAGAUUGAGGAGAGUUUGAAAGGUCAGAAGUAUGAUGAUGUGUAUGCCACCUACCUGCUGCUGGGACGGAGAUCUUCAGAUCUUGAGAGUGAUGGCUCCAGGUCAGGAAGCUCCCUUUCACUGCGCAACACGAGUCUAACACCCCGAGGUCAGGAGUCCAGUGGAGCCGCCCAAUCCCCUUCUCACUCGCACCGAGGAGUUCACCGUUCGGUCUCGGCCACCAACUCUAAGCCUUCCUCUCGUAGAGCAUCCUCUGGUGGGGAGACCAUUCGUGGUGGAGGAACAACUCCUGUGUCAACUAAUGCACAGAACCAUGCAGGAACCAACAACUUCCGGCGGCAGAACACUGUUGAUUCUGCAACCAUCAGGGAGAACACUGCCAGGCUGGCACAAGGAGGGGUUCCUACUACCUCUAGUUCCCGCUCAGCGGCACUCAAGAACCAAAACAUCACUGCCCUAGAUCCUUCAGGGGCACCCAGCAAGACUGGAGCAGGAGCAGGUGCAGCGACAAGCCCUGGUGUUGGCAAGUCUCGCACUGCACAGAAGAGCAACACCAUAACCACCAGAAUGAGUGGUUCCGGCAGACGCUCAACAAUCACCUACGAUCCAAGUAAAGCAUCGUCAACGGAAAAGACGAAUAUUACGAAUGUUCCGGAUUCUGCCAGUGGUGUGGCUGCAGUACCACUCCUCCCUGGGGCCCCUCCCUCAUGUGUGGUGGGGGCCCCGGUGGACAGCCUGUCCCAUGGCCACCCCUCGACAGCCACUAACUCUCGACCUGCAAAAGGUCAUUUCAAGUCAGCGUCCAUUUCUGCGGGCACGGGUGCUGGUCCAGGUCGAGUGGAUCUCUCGCCCCUAGACCACCCCCUAGAUCCUUUACGGUCAAGCUCAUCGAACAAAACUCCUGUAUCACCUGUCUCAACCAAUCGCAAUCCCUUCCCUCGAAACCACCAAAGUCGAUCAACGUUCCAUAGUGGACAAAACCGACGAAAUAACAACACGUACGGAGGAGUUGGAGCGCCUCUAACUACUCAAGAUACAAGUGUACUAUCAUCUGCCAGUAGAACCAGUUUCUUCUCCAAAUUAUCUUCUAAAUUCUCAAAACGCCCCCUGGAAACACCAACUAGGCAAGCUGCUAGCUUCACAAGCCCAUCUGUGAAUAAUGAUGAACAAGUCAAGCCUCGGUCAUUGCGCUUCACGUGGAGCAUGAAAACAACCUCUUCACGUGACCCCAAUGACAUCAUGGCCGAGAUUCGCAAGGUGUUAGAUGCAAACAACUGUGAUUAUGAGCAGCGAGAAAAGUUCUUGCUUCUAUGCGUUCAUGGGGACCCUAACACAGACUCCUUAGUACAAUGGGAGAUUGAGGUGUGUAAGCUGCCAAGACUUAGUUUGAAUGGUGUUCGAUUCAAGAGGAUAUCAGGAACUUCUAUUGGAUUUAAGAAUAUUGCUAGCAAGAUUGCCAAUGAGCUGAAACUGUGACUACAAGGAGAAUUUGAACUAGGUGAUUCUCUAGUAGAAGUACCACUUGGGCACAACACAGCCUGAAUCAUGGUCUUCUCAUCAGGAAGUGAAAGGGGGGGUGCCUCAAGUGAUGUCUCUGGGUCACACGAUCUUGUUGAAAGAUUCAGGGAAUUAAAACAUAUUCCGAAGUGUGCCUAACAUACAUCUGAAUUGCUCUUGUUAAAAAUGUUAAUAGAUAAAUGUUGGCACUGCAAAUUUUCGGAGCUGUUUUCAGAAUGCAUUUUCGUGUCCUGACCUGGAGUGUUUUGGCAACCCCCCUAUGAAGCUCACAGAAAACGAUUACAAGCUCACUCAUGGAAGAAUUCUCAUUUUAAGUUCCACAGGCCUCACCUGAAGCACCAUUGGCUUGUUGGCUUCCCAUCCUCACUCUCCAAAGUAUAAAGUGGAACCCUCUCGCUGUUCGAAAUCCAGUUGCCUUUUGAAAUUAAUUGCGACCACAACACUUGUUUACAUAAAAUGUACUAAGCUAUCUUGA